CCAUCAACGACGACGAACUCGUCAAUUCUUGGAUUAAUCCAUCAUCAAGUUCAACUCGGGAUUGGAGUCGCUUUGGUAUUUGUUUACUUUGCAUCCGUCGUCUGUCGUCUUUCUUUCCUUGUCCUGAAUCCGAUUGCGGGGUGAUCUCUUUUCUGCUUAUUCUUGCUUCGUCUUGGAAUCAACGAGAACGAAGAAGAUCAACUUUUGAUUUAUCUUACUUGGAUCAGCAAAUCAACCUCAAUUAAAAACAGCAUCAGCGAUAAUGUCGGCAAGACAGGUCCCCAAGCAGCGCUACCUGGCGCCCAAAGAGGCCGCCAGUUUCAGGCAAGUGCUCAAGCUGUACGAGACGCAUCAGUACAAGAAGGCGCUCAAAGUCGCCGACACGAUCUUGAAGAAAUAUCCCGAGCACGGCGAGACGCUGGCGAUGAAGGGCUUGAUUAUGACGUUUACCGAUCAGCGCGCCGAGGGUCACGAGCUCAUCAAGCUCGGUCUGCGGAACGACAUUUCGAGUUUUAUAUGUUGGCACGUUUACGGAUUGUUCAAUCGGACGGAGAAGAACUACGAGGAAGCGGCAAAGUGCUAUCAGCAUGCGCUGAAGUAUGAUCCUGAGAAUGGAAACAUCCUGAGAGAUCUUGCCUUGUUGCAGGUCCAGAUGCGCAAUUUGGAUGGAUUCAUUUCCUCGCGCAAGCAGAUCCUUUCUCAGCGUCCAGAGAUCCGGCAAAACUGGACCGCUCUCGCCAUCGGCUACGCUUUGGUGAAGGACUACGCGCUUGCGGAGAGCAUUCUGCAAAAAUACGAAGACGCAAUGAUCGAAGCCGCCAAGCCAGACGACAUCGAGCACUCCGAGCUUCUCCUGUUCAAAAACUGGAUCAUCCACCAGAGCGGAGACGUCAAGCGUGCGCUCGAGGAUCUGGAGAAAAUCGCAGACGUGGUGCUGGACAAGCUCUGCGUGCUCGAGUACCGAGCUUUGUACCUUCUCGAACUCGGACGGAGCGAGGAGGCUGCUAGGGCCUACCGAAAGCUGAUCAACCGCAACCCAGACUGCAAGGCGUAUUUCGAGGGUCUGGAAAAAGCGCUCAAGGUCACCGACGACGUCCCUAAGCGCAAGGCGUUGUACGCGGCCCUUGCGAAGCAGUACAAGCGGAGCAAUGUCGCAAAGUGGAACCCGCUCGUUUUCCUCACCGGCCAAGAGUUCAAGGAGGCGGUCAGCGAAUACUUGUCUGGAUUCCUAGCGCGCGGGGUUCCCUCGGCGUUUGUGAAUUUGAAGCCCCUGUAUACGGAUGAUAGUAAGGUGCAGGCGAUUGAAGAGUUUGCUCUCAAGUAUUUGAGCACCUUAACCGGCGUUGCCUCUAACGGGUCAUCAUCGACCAGCAAUGGCGCGAAGGAUACGGCUGAGGCUACUCCUACAACCUACCUGUGGACUGUCUUCUACCUCGCUCAGCACUACUCGAAGAUCGGUAAGCAAGACGUGGCAAUGGAAUACGUUGAGAAGGCGAUUGCGCACACGCCGACUCUUGUGGAGGCGUAUAUGGUCAAGGCCAAGAUCCUGAAGCGAAGCGGUGAUCUGCAGGCGGCCGCCGACACCAUGAACCAGGCGCGCGAGAUUGACUUGCAGGAUCGGUUUGUGAACUCAAAGGCUGGAAAGUACUACAUGCGCGCCAACAAGAAUGACGAGGCCGUCAGCACAAUCAGCUUGUUCACAAAGAACGACGGAGCAGGCAAGGGUGUCGGCGAUCUACAUGAGAUGCAGUGCAUAUGGUUCGUGACUGAGCAGGGCGAGAUGUUUGCUCGCCAAGAUAAGAUCGGAAUGGCGCUCAAGCGCUUCCACUCGGUGAAGAAGAUUGUGGACGACUGGUGGACCGACCAGUUUGAUUUCCAUCAGUACGCUACUCGACAGGGAACAGCUCGUACCUAUAUCGAUCUGAUCAGGUGGGAAGACUCGCUCUACAGCCAGCCGUUCUACACCCGCGCCGCCGAGGACGCGAUCAAGACCUACCUCUCGCUACACGACACGCCCAAGUCUGCGCGCGUGGCCGCCGAACUUGCGGGCCUGAGUGAAGAGGAGCGGAAGCGCGUGAUGAAGAAGCUCAAGCGCGACCGGGCAAAAGAAAACAAAAAGCUCGAGGCCGAGAAGUUGUCUGAGAAGGACGACGAUCCGCUGGGCAAGAACCUCGAGAACACGACGAAGCCGUUGGAGGACGCGAUGGUCUUUUACAAGCCUAUAAAAGAUUUGGAGGCGUGGAAGUGGCUUGGAGAAGAGAUUGAAAAGAGGAAGAAUGCUCCUGUCGAGGCGAAGACUGAAGCUACGGCUUGAGAGGGUGUAAAAUGUAUGUAGAGCCUCUUUUUUGUGUCGAAAGCUGUUUGUUACUUGAUAUGACUAGCUUCCCGGCUGUAUAUUUCCCAUAAUACUAUCACAACAAACAAAAUACUAU